CGGGGCCGAGGGGUAGGGGGCGGUGUCGCCUCGAACGAGGGGCAGAGGUGGCUGCUGAGCUGGUCGCGGCGAGAUGGCUGCGUCAGUGUUCUGUUGCCUGCGGUGCUGCAGAGAUGGCGGCACUGGUCACAUCCCUCUGAAGGAGAUGCCCGCUGUGCAGCUGGACACUCAACACAUGGGAACAGAUGUUGUAAUUGUAAAAAAUGGAAGAAGAAUAUGUGGAACAGGAGGCUGCUUAGCCAGUGCACCCUUACAUCAAAACAAAAGCUACUUUGAAUUCAAGAUCCAGUCCACAGGAAUCUGGGGCAUUGGAGUUGCAACCCAGAAAGUGAACUUGAAUCAGAUUCCUCUGGGCCGAGAUAUGCACAGUCUAGUAAUGAGGAAUGAUGGUGCCUUGUACCACAACAACGAGGAAAAAAACAGGCUGCCAGCAAACAGCCUUCCACAAGAAGGAGAUGUGGUGGGUAUUACAUAUGACCAUGUAGAACUAAAUGUAUAUUUGAAUGGAAAAAAUAUGCAUUGUCCAGCAUCAGGUAUACGAGGGACUGUGUAUCCAGUUGUUUAUGUUGACGACAGUGCAAUUUUGGAUUGCCAGUUCAGUGAAUUUUACCAUACACCUCCACCUGGCUUUGAAAAAAUCUUAUUUGAACAGCAGAUCUUCUGA